AGGAACAGCUGGCGGUGCCGGCGCCAGUGCCAGUGCCAGCCGAACAUGUUUCCUGGGCAGCAGGCGCCCGGCGGCGGUUACUACCAGGGCGGGUAUGGAGGAGCUCCUGGAGGACCAGCAUUCCCUGGACAAGCUCAAGAUCCUUUGUAUGGUUAUUUUGCUGCAGUGGCUGGGCAGGAUGGACAAAUAGAUGCUGAUGAGCUACAGAGAUGUCUCACCCAGUCAGGGAUUGCAGGAGCAUAUAAACCUUUCAACUUAGAGACUUGCAGACUCAUGAUCUCAAUGCUGGAUAGGGAUAUGUCUGGCACACUGGGAUUUAAUGAGUUUAAAGAACUCUGGGCUGUAGUCAAUGGCUGGAAACAACACUUCAUGAGUAUUGACAGUGAUAGUAGUGGCACAGUGGAUCGUCCAGAACUGGAGAAAGCCCUGAUGAAUAUGGGAUUUAGGCUGAGCCCACAGGCAGUGUCUGCAAUCACAAAGCGAUACAGCACUCAUGGAAAGAUUGGAUUUGAUGAUUACAUUGCCUGCUGUGUGAAACUCAGAGCUCUCACUGACUGUUUUAGAAGAAGGGAUGCAUCUCAGCAGGGAUUUGUGAACUUCCAGUAUGAUGAUUUCAUACAGUGUGUUAUGAGCAUCUAAACCAAAAGGAAGGAAGCUGUUGGAUGAUCAUCGUUAACAUUCCACUGUUUUGAAAAUGAAGUCUGUGACACCAUGCACUAAGCUCAAGACUACCUGUUACAACUUCAGGGAUGCAAGAAAACAUAGCAAGCUCUUCUCACAGGGUGUCCUUUCACAGGGGGGGCUUUUGUUCCAGUAAUAUUCUUACUCUGUGUAACUAUAUAAAACACUUUUAAACAUAUAAAAAA